UUCGCAUGCAAAAGAUUUGCGAAAGGGUUUAUUGUUUCUUUGCUUUCGGGAGCCGGAAUUUGUUUGCUAUCUGCUCAGUUCUACAAUCAAAUAACGCGACGGUAAAAUGGCUGGUGGCAAGGCAGGAAAAGACAGUGGCAAAGCCAAGGCCAAAGCGGUGUCUCGCUCCCAGAGGGCUGGACUGCAGUUUCCAGUGGGUCGUAUCCACAGGCACUUGAAGACUCGCACAACCAGCCAUGGCCGUGUAGGAGCCACAGCAGCUGUGUACAGUGCAGCCAUCCUUGAAUACCUCACUGCUGAAGUACUAGAGUUGGCAGGUAAUGCCUCCAAAGACUUGAAGGUGAAGCGUAUCACUCCCCGUCACUUGCAGCUCGCCAUCCGCGGUGACGAGGAGUUGGACUCUCUCAUCAAGGCAACCAUUGCUGGAGGAGGUGUCAUUCCCCACAUCCACAAAUCCCUCAUUGGAAAGAAGGGCCAACAGAAGACUGCAUAGACGCAUGUUGACCACCCAUUUCGGGGCUUAGGCUUUGAAAGGACCAGGAGUUCACAUUUGUUCUUUUUUUAUUAUUAAUAUUAUAGCAAACAAAAGAGUGAUUGUUAGAAUUUGUGUUGUAAUAUUUUCCCAUAACAAAAAAAUAAAAGUACAGAAAACCCCGUAAUGACAAAAAUACCCCCCUGUAUGUUAUUGUAGAAUGUUUGAUUGGGGAUUUCACAAUUAUGUCAUAUUACUUUGUUCAAGUGAAUUUGUUUGAUUGGCCUGGGACUCUGUAAUGUUUUAUACUGAAAAAAGAAUUGUUAAAACCGUUUUUAUAUAUAAAAAGAAUCCUUGUAUUGUGGUUAUUUUCUUGGAGUUACAAUAUUUACUAUGUUUUUUGGGGGUAGCAAAUUGGGUAACAGCUUAAUGUGAGAUGGUGCUUCCCCUCUUAUGAACUGCACAUGGAAAGUUAUGUAUUAAUAAUUUGUUUUCCUUACAUCAAACAAAGUAAUUGAGUCGUCGUUCAGCCCUCUGGCCAGUGUUCUGUGUCUAGCACUUCAACUCGUGUGUUCGCCUGAAAACAAGCGUGUUCCUCAGGUGCCGUGAACCGGCGACACCGAUCCUGUGACGCCGCGAACGCAACUAGAGUUAUGAUCCCGAUGUUUGGAUUGAUCCAAAUCUGUUCUUUAAAAAUGUAUUCACAAAACCUAAAUGUAUGCACAAACUGCAAUGUCCUGGCUUUGAGUCAUUAUUACAUUCUGCAUGUCCAACAAGCUGUGUUCAGGGAAAUGCCAUACUUUAUCUUUGAAUAAAUACCCAUUGCAUGUCA